GUAUACAAGCUAGAUGACUGGUCGUUGGUAUCCCAGCACAACCUAAUGGUUCCCCAUGCAAGCAUUCAACAGAUCAGGUCAAGUCCUUCAGGAGAUUACCUGGCCAUCCGCUACAUUUUUCCUGCCGCAGGUUGUCACUACAAUAAAAUUCUGGUUCUCCACUACCCAGAGUUCACUGAAGUGCUUCAGGUUGAUGUCCGAGGUGCUUACUGGCCCGUGUCCGAACUGGUCAAUAUGCAAGUCUUCCCUCGCUUUUCUCUCAGCGAAUCCUGUUUUGUCGUUUUUGUCUACAAACUUCCGAAUGAGCUGCGGUCUUUACAAGAUCUGUGUCGAAAAGCCAUACUUCAUCUAGUCACUUCCAAAGAUAUUCCAAAACUGCCACUUCCUUUGACUGUUAAAAAGUAUCUUACCCAGCAUGCUGUUUAA